AUGCUUCCAAACUUUCACUACAUAAAAUCGUCAUCCUUGGAGGGGACUGGGCAUUCCGAUAGCCUUCUGGAUGUUGUUACGGCUUAUCUUACUUGGAAACCGCAGUGCAUCUGCACCCACAAAAUUCAACACUUUCUUCAAGAUUCCCAAAGUCAAAUUGAAGCAAAACCUGAUUUGAUCAACAUUCCGUUUCAGAACAGCUCUUGUGGGAUGCCGGUUCUUGAAGCUUGGGCUUGCAAUAGCUUUCAUUCGCCUCUUUUAGAUGAACUCUUCUACCUUACUUGCUUCACCCAUAUUAGAGCGUGGUGCUCGCAUCUUUCCUGCAGCUCUAAUUCAACCGAAUCGACUGGAAUAUGCUCCUCGGGUCAUGCCCGAAUGGCCAAUCUCUUUGCUUCUGGCGACGAUGUUUUGACUUAUUACACCGUUAGAUCUCCAAGCAUCUCUGGUGAUCCUGCCGCCCCGAGCAACGAACCCAAUGAUCCAAAUUCUUGCGGCGGUUUUACAUCUGGCAAAUUCAUUUACAUCAAUCCUCGACUUGUUAUUUUAGUUAUUCGUUUUCUGAUUCGUCAAAUAUACGAAAUUACAACCACUUCAAUGCUGACGCAAGCUGAAGUUGAUCUUGCAUCGCAAGAUUGCGGUUAG